GCCCGCCCUCAUGGAGCUGUCGGCCAUCGGGGAGCAGGUGUUCGCGGUGGAGAGCAUCCGCAAGAAGCGCGUGCGGAAGGGUAAAGUAGAAUACCUGGUGAAGUGGAAAGGAUGGCCCCCAAAAUACAGCACAUGGGAGCCAGAGGAUCAUAUCUUGGACCCUCGCCUGGUAGUGGCUUAUGAAGAAAAGGAAGAGAGAGACCGCGCUUCAGGGUACAGAAAAAGAGGCCCCAAACCAAAGCGCCUCCUGCUGCAGCGGCUGUAUGGCAUGGACUUGAGGAGUGCCCACAAGGGAAAGGAGAAGCUCUGUUUCUCUCUUGCACGGAGGUUUGGAGGAGGAGACAGUAGCCUGCCAGGGGCCAAGACAGGGCAGGCAGAGUUCUCAGAGAAGACUGGGGGAACAGUCCUGCCAUUCUCUCUCCGGAAGCAACGCAAAAACCAGAAGUACCUGCGACUGUCAAGGAAGAAGUUCCCCCGCAUGACGAGCCUGGAGAGCCGGAACUGCAGGUGUGAGUUCUUCCUGAACGAUGCGGUGGGCCUGGAGGCCAGGCAAAGCCCCGAGGACUGGGAGGCCGUGCAGAACACCAGCAAAGAAGCAGAUGUGGAUGGCAGUCUCCCUUGGAUUCCCACUGUGCCCCCCAGCGAAGUGACAGUGACAGACAUCACGGCAAACUCCAUCACCGUCACUUUCAGAGAAGCACAAGUGGCCGAGGGCUUCUUCCGAGACCGGAGUGCGCAGUUCUGAAUCUCUGUUUUCAGUGCUCCCCAAAUCCAGUGCUUUUAGGGUGGGGCUAGGGAGGGGUUAUUUUAUCCCUUAAGGAAAAAAAAUCCAAAACGUCUCCUUAAAAUGUUUACAGAGACCUUUUCUUUUUCCUCCUUUUUCCCCUUUCAGAUACGCAAAAAAAAAAAGGGGGUGGGGGGGGUUGCAGCAUAGGGGGUGUGUGUUUGUCACUGCUUUGUCCAUCCGAAAAACUGACAGCCCUUUCCCUGGCAAAGACUCCCCUCCUAGAUGUGAAAGCAGCAAGCUGAACAAUUCCCCUUUUAUCCUGCUAAGUGGCGGCAGCUGCGUUUGUGGGGAGAGGGCAUGUGGAGGUGGAAAGAGAGCUGGAUCUCUAGCCUGCCGCCUUGUUCUGCAAUUGAUAUCCCCUGGAUAAAGAUAUUUCUCUGUGCAUUGCUCUUCCCACCUUCCUCCUCCCUCUCUUCAUCCAGCAGCGAGAGGCGAUGGAUCCUACCUGUGUAGAUAACUCCAGCCUGUUAAGACUUUCUCUCCACUGCUGUUUACCCUGUGGCCUGCUGUCAGGACUUCAGAACUGUGUUUGCCUGCCUGUGGUAAGUAAGUCUGUGCAGCACAGGUCCAUCUAGACGGCAGAGGUUUCUCCGUUUGCUUGUUGAUCAUGCAGGAAAGCCUGAAAUGCAUCCCUGAAAUCUAGAUUGGCUCCCUAAAUUCAAUUUGCCCUCGUUAAAGCUCAGAAACCAAGCACAGUCAAGACAUACCGCUCUGUCUACGCUAAACAAGAUUUCCAGGCUCGUCUGUGCUGUGUGAGAAAUGCGUUACGGAAAGUGGGGUGUUCUUAUCCUUUGCCAAAUUCUGUAUUAAUGACAAAUGCUGCCCUGAAUCCGUGGUAGUAGUUGUUUGAAAACUGACUCCCGCUCCCUGGGAGGAGGGGCUACCAGGACAACUGAAGCAUGCCCUGGCACUGCAAAGAUAUUCGAGAUACUGGCACGGGCCCAGGACACAGGAAUUGGACAGAACUGAGCUAGGAACGGACCUUGAUUAGCAGCAAAUUCUGUUCUUGGAUGCCAUUGGGAGAUCCAAGGUAAACAACAUGUGGGGAAGGCAUGCAUUAGAGUUGAAGAGGGGAAAAAAAAAAUCUUAAUUCUUAGCAAUGAGAAUUCUUGGAUUGUACUGUCGGAGUAAUAAUCUGCCAUGACUCCAGUCUCCUCACAGUAUCUGUGAUCCUGUACUACUUUACUGAUGGGAACUUCCCCUUGGAAGGCUUAAAACUCUUUGCCAAGGAAAGUGGUCUGCAUUUCAAUAGACCCCGCCUGAUCUUGCACUUAAAAAUGCCUUGUGCUGGACUGCCUGUGACACUUUGAGGUUUUGAAGAAUUGCUGUCUUUUGCGUUGGUAGUUUAACAUCUGUUCUCGCACGUGCAUAUUCUCUUCCAUUUUUUAAAAUCAAGUUUUAUUUAAAUAACUUAAAAUUGUAUAGACCUUUUCCUAUGGAAAGCAAGAAAAGUAACCUAGAGUCUGAGGUGGGAACUGCCAGAGAGAGUGCUGCAGAGUAAUAUGGGCUGUCGUGAUUACUGUCCUUAAAUCCUUUGUUCGCUUUCCCCACUCCACACAAUGCAUCUCUUACCUGCUGUAUUUACAGGAAGCUAUGCGCCCUCUGAGCUCUGAGGUAAAGACACCUGUGGGACUCCGCAGCGUGCGGUAGUUCCUUUGCAAGGCUUUGGCUGCUAGCCUGCAGAAUUUGGGAGCUCUGGGACUUCUGGUCAUCCAAACAUCUGCUUUUUGCAAAGUGCUUGGGCUGCCCCAAAAGCUUUUAUUAAAAGCAGGUUUUAUGGCAGAUAGGAUGUGACAGGUCAGCGUAGACUUAGGAUUUCCCCUUCCGUCUCAAAGCUGUUUGAACAGGCCUGUCUUCUACUGUGUCACAGCAGUUUCAGGACCGCUGGGAAGAUCCUGAAUUUUUGGACUAAUCUUUUGUCUCCCAAAGAACUGACACGACAGUUUAAUUAUGGAGCAAUCAGAGAGGGCGAGAAGUGGAAGGGGGGGAGAGUUAUGUGGUGGGAGGAAGAGCGAGUGGGAAAGAAGCUUAGAAUAGCUAGCAAGGGCAGAAUGGAUGAGGUAAGCACACAGGCCCAGGAUGUUUGUUGAAAGUGGGUGUCUGGAGCAAGGCUUCCGAGUCUGGAGUUGCAUCAUAUAAACACGAUCACUCUUCUGCAGCGCGUGGGGUCACACAGUCUCUCUCACUGUCACCCCCCUACACACACAUGCACGCGCACACACGUCUUCCCGACACGUGCCAACUAUGCUGAAUACCUGCAUCUCUUUUUGCUGUGACCUGUGGUCUUCCUACAUGGCUGAGUCCACUCAUCAGGGUUGCAGCAGGUCAGGUAGUUACGGUUGCAGAAGUGUAAUAUUUAGCUUGUUUUUGGA